GAAUUGAUUAAUGAAGAUACCCAAUUAAAAUAGACAUUGAGAGGCUUCAAAAAGAGAUUCAAGAUUUGCUAUCCAAUAUAUUAUAAAAAAUGGAGAAAACAUAAGACCGCACUCUAGAGUACGCCAAUGGAAAGAAACGAAUACCAACGAAAUUAGGACGCUUAUAGGCCUAUUGAUAUUACAGGGAUUAUGUCCUAAGCCUGAAUACAAAAUGUAUUUCUCUCGGAGAGAGAGCAUAGAAACUCCAUUUUUUUCGAUAAUUAUUUCCGAGAAAAGAUUUCACUUGUUAUUGAAAUUUUUGCAUUUUGUUGAUAAUUCAACAAUAAAUGCCAACACAAAAAAUCGCAAACUUGCCAAAGUACUUCUAAACUUCUAAACCAUUUAAGGGAGAAAUUUAUGACCAGUUAUGUGCCAGAAAGGGACAUCGCGAUAGACGAGUCUUUGAUUGGCUGGAAAGGGAGAUUGGGCUGGAAACAAUACAUACCUUCUAAACGAAAGAGGUUUGGCAUCAAACUUCGCUUUAUGUGAAACUUCUGGUUAUAUGUAUAAUUUUAUCAUCUAUACAGGUGCUGAUACGAUUUAUGAAGCACAGCAUUCUCAGGAACCAGUUACAUCAAGGAUAGUUUUAUCCCUUGUUGAUUCGCUACUUGACAAAGGGUAUGGACUUUUUCUAGACAAUUACUACACAAGUGUUGACUUGGUUCACAAAUUAGUAAAACGAAGAACAGACUGUGUGGGAACAAUUCAAGCAAACAGAAAAGGUAUCCCUAAAGAUUUACAAGUGAAAUUAUCUAAAGGACAGUCUGUUGCUAGAUACAAUAGAAAAAUUAUGAUACAAAAAUGGCAUGACAAGAAGGAUGUGUUAAUGAUAACUACCCUUCACGAUAAAACUAUGGAAAAGGUCUUAACCAAAAAGGGUGAAAUUGAGAAACCCACUUGUGUACUAGAGUACAAUAAAAAAAUGGGCGGGGUGGACUUAGCCGAUAAUUAUUUGCACUAAUAUGGAACGGCAAGGAGUAGAGUAAAAAAAUACUACAUGAAAAUGUUCUGGCACUUUUUGAGUGUAACAACGCUAAACUCAUUUCAUAUAUACAAACGAAAUGGAGGCCGACUGGAAAGGGUAAAUUUCUUGUUAGAAUUGGGAGAACAAAUAGUUAGAAAAUAUAGCUCACAAAUAACUUUCGGAACAAGGAGAUCAAGGACACCAAUGCCAUCAAGAUUUAUUGAACGUCACUUUCCGUCGGUUAUACCACCUACUACGAAACAAAAACCAACAAAAAGAAAAUCAGAAAGGAAAGCCGUUACUGGUGCCAAAAAUGCCAUACUGGUCUGUGUCCAGCACCGUGUUUUGAGAUUUUCCAUACCAAGUAACAAAAAAGCUAAAAAAAUAAGUAUGAAGAAUGGAAUGAGAAAACUGGUGCACCUUCAAUGCAAUGUUAUAAGUUAGCCUUCACCUUUACUUUUCUUUAGAUACCAGUUCAAUAUUUUUAUGUUGUUUUGACGAUAAUAUACGCCUUUCAGUUUUAUUGUCGAAUUUUAAUGCUAUUGACGUAUAUAUACGCUAGUGAAUAUAGUCAGUGCUGAUGACGGAUAUGUCCGGAUGCGAUAAAAUUACGGGCCAUCUAGAAAAGCCUAUGGUUGUUUAUCCUGGGCCACUUAACAGGUUAAUGCACAAAGAUUGUUAGGCAUGGAUAAAGCAAUGAUGACUUGAAGUCGGCUCAAACUUUUAGUUUUUAUG